AUGGACACGGUUUACAUCAAGAAGUCAAUCAGGCGAGCCCUGGCAAAAAGGAGCUCGACAAUUCSUCGUUUUGAAGACUUACACCAGCAGGCAAGCAUUAUUCAACCGGAUGAUAUAACCAUGUCGCAAUUUUUAAUUGCCGUCAAUAGUCUGGAUGAGCUUUGGCAACGAUUCAACGUCGAAAACGACUUUUACCUCGAUGAGUUGAUCGAGGCAGAUCGUGUUACUGAGUUUUCUUAUGAUGAAGAAAUCAGAGUGAGUAAUCUGGUGACGAGUAUUAAGGCAGUAGCCCUUAAGUAUUCUGCCAGGGUGGGUGACAGAUCAGAUGGCUCUGUUGUUUUGAAACAAACUACAUCGACCGAUGGUGAUUCUACGUCCUCUUCGUUGCCUAAAGCUCCGACUGAGUUGGUCCAGAAACGUGCUUACCGAUUGCCUGAGAUACCUCUUCCUAAAUUUGACGGAAAAUUGAAAAAUUGGCCGGUAUUUCGAGAUCGUUUUAUGACGGUUGUUCACAAUGAUCCUGAAAUAGCUGAUGUGGACAAAUUGUAUUAUUCGUUAGGUUGCUUGAACGAAGAUCCUGCAGAAGUGUUAAAGGUAAUAACGGUAUCAGCGAAUACAUAUAAAUUUGCUUGGGACACGUUGGUCCACCAAUAUGAUAAACCCCGUUCGUUGGCGUCAGAUAUUUUGGAUGAUUUGUUGUCAGCUUCUAUAUCCACCCAGGAAAAUCCAGAUACACUCACGGAAUUCCUAAACCGGUUUGACGAAGAUGUUGCCAUAUUACAAAGUUUGGAGAUUCCAGAUCUCGGAUCCUUCAUUUUAUUUGUUUUGGUGUCAAGGACGUUGCCAAUAAUCAGUCGAAAACUGUUCGAAGCCGAAAAUAAAGCAACAUUUCCAAGCUUUGAUGAGCUUAGCCAGUUUGUGAAACGUCGUCUCCAAGUUGUGGAAAACGGAGKUGCCCAAGUUAGACCAUCGUCUGGCUCAGUAAGGUCUUCGGUAGAGAAAAAACCUUUGACGAUUUUCGGAACAGUAAAAAAGAAGAUGGAACAGCAAUCGCACGCCAAGCGUCCAACUGCCUUGGUGACCUCAAGAUCCUCAAAUAUUAAGUGCCGUUGUUGUGGCUCAAAUCAUUCGUUAGCUGAUUGUGAUCGUUUUCGGCAGUUGACGGUCGAUGAACGAUUUAAAUUAGUCACUGGUCAUCGGUUAUGCUUAGUGUGCUCUGGAGAAGGGCAUUGGGCAAACAAGUGCAAACUGAAGUGUCAGGUGUGCACUCAUCAACACCAUAGUUUGCUACAUCGUGAAGUAGUUCCAGAACCGGUCAACCUUAUUCCACAGACUUCAUGUUUAGGAAGUCAUGAUUCUGUAUCAGUGUUGUUGGGAACAGUGCUGGUACACGUCAAAGAUGCCAAUGGAACGAUUCACACUGUCAGGGGAUUAAUAUAUUCCGCUUCACAGAUAAGCGCCAUCACAUUGGAUUGCGUCAUACACUUGGGUCUCAGGAUCUCCAAAUGGACUGUUCCCAUUUCUGGAUUGUCGGGUCAAAGUUUUUUCAGCGUAUCAGGAGUGACUACUUGUCAGGUGAUUCCCAGGUCGCAAAACCCACCAGAGUUUUUAGUAAAGGCUUUUGUUCUUCCUCGGAUCACAAUUGAUCUACCAGCUAAACAGCUUCCGUCUAUUAUCCACAAUAAAUGUGGCCAUCUAGAUCUUGCCGAUCCUAGCUUUGACAGGCCAGCUCCAAUAGAGUUGCAACUUGGAGCCGAUGUAUUUCCUUUAGUUUGGGGCGAUCGUUCAGUUGUCUUAGGAUCUGGAUUACCCUCGGUGUUUAGUACCAAGUUCGGUUGGGUACUUCUCGGAUCUGUUGCCUCCCCAGACAUCGAAAUCGUUUCAAUGAAAUCCGUGUGUAUGACUAGUUCAGUAGAGUCCAUGAUGGAAAAGUUCUGGUCGAUCGAAGAACCAGCUGAAGCUCCGGUAAAGUUCACCGAAGAAGGGCGUUGUGAAGAAAUUUUCCGAACAGAAACCGAGCGAGAUAAAGACGGAMGAUUUGUGGUUCCUUUACCACUACGUAAGAAUAUUUAUCCGUCACUGUUGGGUUCCAAAGCGGUCACAAUAAAACGAUUUGUUCAGUUGGAACACAAACUUGCCAAGGAUGAAGUUCUUUAUUCACACUAUUACAACUUCAUGGAAGAAUACGAGAAACAAAACCAUAUGUCCCUUACUACAACACCAGGAACGUAUUUAUUCCUCACCAUGGAAUUUGCAAGGGAAGAACUAAAGGAAUUUGAGUUAAAUACAGUGACUUACGGAUUAAUUUGUACUCCGUUCCUAGCUCUUAGAGUUAUUAAGCAGAURRCUUCUUUGGUAGUUGACCAUGCUCCAGAUGUUAGUCAAGCACAUUUAAAGCAGACAUAUAUGGAUGAUAUUUGUACGAGUGCAGAUACGGUGGAAGAAGUACUGUUGCUCAAGUCCAGACUCGAUCAUAAUCUAACCAAGUUUGGUCUGGAGUUGAAGAAAUGGACAAGCAACUCCGACGAACUACUAGCCACUUAA